CGCAACAAUAUAUUAAAGAUGACUGAAGUUGGGUCCUCGAUUCCAUACAAGUGAAAUGGCAAAAAAUAAAAGACUUCCAAGAUAUGCAGUUUUGCACCACUGAUAUUCUACCACCCAAUUCAUAUUAGCAGCACACUGUAAACAUCUCAAGAUUAGGAUGAAAGAGUCAGAUUGGUGUGCUACGUAAGUGACGUUCCUUCCCUUACAAACACUCCUCCAGCCUCUUCAAAACAGUACUGCUAUUUUGCAGCAAUAGAAGCUCAUUCAGGAUUUUGCGGCUGACUCAAAGCUACAAACGUCUGCUGAUUUAGAAGAAAGAGGGGAAGGUAAUUUCUGAAGUUAAAACCAAUCCCCAAUCCCAAAAGAUAAACUUCAGGCACAAAUACUCCUUGCAGGAAAGAUGAAGUUAAUCUUUGUGAUCAUAGGUUGCUUCUGCAUUUUGGUGAACACACAAACAGGUGCCAGGCCGAUCGAGGAUGAAGAAGACCCCUACAGACAGCCUGCAAAUAUGCCCUAUUGGCCUUUCACAACCAGCGAUUUCUGGGCAUAUGUGGAAUACUUCCGGAUCCUGGGAGCAUACCAUAGAAUCAACGAGAUGGCCAGGACCUUCUUUGCUCAUCAACCUCUUGGAAAUACUCUUGGAUAUCAUGUCCCAGAUCAUGAGCACUAACUCACUUGGCGAUUCUCAACAAUUACCAAUACCAACAGAUCACCAGAAUUGCUUUUCUAACAACUGUGUUAUUCUACUGCUUCUUUUACAUCAAAUAUGUAACUUCUGUUCCUUGUACUUCUAAUGUUAAUCUUAGUGUGGCUUCUUUUAUAGUAGACUAUAUAUACUUACUAUUUACCUUUUUUUGCAAGCAGAAUAAAUAAUUAUUUGA